GUUUCUGACUCAAUAUCAUUUCUGACAGAGCCUCACAUGAGAAUAGAAGACAAAAGUGAAAAUGGAUCCACAUGCAGUGAAAUUAUUUGUCGUCUCUGUGUUGUUGCUCACUCUGUGUCAAAGCAAUGGUGCUAAAAGGCUGAAGGCCACGCUAGCUGAUUGUCUGAAUGAUGCUGACUACGAUCAGCUUCUGCAGACAGCCAAGACCGGUCUUCCACAAAGAAACACAUCUCAUCAUGUUAUCAUUGUUGGAGCUGGCAUGGCUGGAUUGACAGCUGCUAGGCUACUUCACAAAGCAGGACAUAAGGUCAUCAUAUUAGAGGCUAGUGGACGAGUUGGUGGACGCGUGGAUACCUACAGGAAUGACAAAGAGGGCUGGUAUGCUGAACUUGGGGCUAUGAGGAUCCCAAGUUUUCACCAAAUUGUCCUUCAGUUUGCAAAAGACCUGGGAGUUGAACUGAAUGAUUUUAUCAUGGAUGACAACAAUACCUUCUACCUGGUGAAUGGAAUACAGCCACAGAAGACAUCCAAAGUAAAGGAAAAGCCUGACAUUCUGAAAUACAAUCUAACAGCAAAUGAGAUCCAUAAAUCAGCUGACAAUCUUCUACAGCAAGCUUUAGAGAAAGUGAAAUAUGAAGUCAAAAAACAUGGUUGCAAAGCUGCACUGAAGGAAUUUGACCGGUAUUCAGUGAAGGAUUACCUGAAAGAAGAAGGCGGUCUGAGUUCUGAAGCCAUUAGGAUGAUCGGAGACAUUCUUAAUGAGCAGGGCCUUAUGUACACUGCACUCACUGAACUGAUCUAUGACCAAACUGAUGUUAGUGACACAGUAAGGUACUAUGAAGUGACUGGUGGGUUUGAUGGUCUCCCCAAAGCUUUUCUUAAGGAACUUGAUGUCCCUAUUCUUUUUAAAUCCAGAGUCAAGCAUAUCAAUCACUCAGAUGAAGGAGUCAGUGUUUCCUUCCAGAGUGGUCAACCAUCUUCUUUUGCUAAACUUCAAGCUGAUAUUGUCCUGGUAACAACAACAGCCAAAGCAGCUCUUUUCAUAGAUUUCGACCCCCCUCUCUCCAUCAAAAAGAUGGAGGCCCUGAGAUCUGUGCAUUAUGAUAGCGCUACUAAAAUCAUGCUCACCUUCAAAAACAAGUUCUGGGAGAAUGAUGGCAUCCGAGGGGGAAAGAGCAUCACAGAUGGGCCAUCUCGUUUCAUCUACUAUCCCAGUCAGAAUUUCCCAAAUAAAACCAUCGGGGUCCUCUUGGCUUCCUACACCUGGUCUGAUGACUCACUACUCUUCCUAGGUGCAAGUGAUGAAGACCUUAAAGAUUUGGUUUUGAGAGAUUUGGAAAAGAUUCAUGGCAAGAAAGUCAGGGAUCUCUGCACAGGGGUCAUAGUGAAGAAGUGGAGCUUGGAUCCUUAUAGCUUGGGUGCCUUCGCUUUAUUAACACCCUACCAACAUUUAGAGUAUGCUAUGGAGCUCUUUAAAAGUGAAGGCAGGGUCCACUUUGCUGGUGAGCACACAGCCUUCCCUCAUGCUUGGAUGGAGACGUCAAUGAAAUCUGCAAUCAGGGCGGCUAUCAACAUUAACAAAGCUGCAAACAAAGUGUCAGUCAGAAGUAGAACCCGAGACGAGCUCUAAUAGAACAACUGUGGAGUUCAAAUGAUUUGAACCAGUUGAUCAUUCAGCUCUCACAAAAAUAUGCAUGAUUAGCUGGUGAUGCUAAAUUGAAUCUGUCAGUCCCCUUUACUUUUUCUUAAAACCCCUUUUUGUAUGAAAGAACAUUGUAGGAACAAUGUUUAUUAACUAUUUUUAAUUUGUCUUAUCUUACCAUCAGUGCUUGUUUGUAAUUUGAUUACAACUUCUGUAUAGUUAAUGAAUAGAUGAUCUGCUUGUACUACUUUUGCUUCCAAACUUUCUUUACUUGUGAACAUUAUCUUAAUUAUUAGCAUUCUAAAAGUCUGGUUUCAUGGAUUGAGUUAAACUGGGUGAUAAUCGAUUACUAGGACACAAACUUUUCUAUACAAUAUAACCUUUUUGUCAACGACUUCAGUGACAACUUUUCAGAAUGUUUUCUAGUUUCUUCUUGUAUUACACAAUCGGAUUUGACAAUACUCGAAUCACAGUGCCAUCAGGUGCAGUGUUGUUAAGGAUAGACACGUAACAACUAGCCCUGGACAUCCUGUUUACCCGACUCUUCUCUGCCAGUUACAUAUUUAAGGCCGUUCUAUUCUGCCAAGUCAUCAGAGAAGUUGCAUGUAGUUGUUCAGAGAGCCCCUUCACUACAUUCCCUACAUCCCGAGUGUGACUCCGAAAUCACUGUUGAGUAUAAUAAAUAAAAUUAAUCCAAUCAACACAAUUUUUUUAAUUGUCACCCAACAGAAAAAGACUGACUCAGAACUCUGCAGGUAUUUGAUUUUGAGCUUAAAGUCUGGGAGGGUGAACAACUUAAAAGGGCUUAUCAGAGAAGGUUUGCACAGGUUCGUUUCCAUUCAAAGGGGAGUCUAGCUCUCAGCUUAUGACCCAUGCAAAGCCAUCACACAUCAGCCGUUCCAGUGGUAAGGUUAACAAAAUAGUCCUGUGAUAAGGGGAAGUCGCAAUUUAACAAUUUAUUUUAGUCAAUGUAACUCAUUUCUAAUACUUCUUCAGCAUUUGUUAUGUUUAUGGUCAUUAUUCUUGUGAGGUUUGUGCUAUGUUUUGGAGUAUUAGUUUGAAAUACUAGUCACUGACAAAGCCUCUGCAUCUAGCAGGUAUCCCCAAUCAUAGCCUGCAUUAGCCACUACAACAACAUUUGCCUAUCAUUUGACUGUGCUGAUGUCUACUUAAUUUAAUUUUGCGCUCCCUUCUUCCCCACACUGCUAUCAGAUCUAAUGUUACAGUCAGUAGUAAUGCUAGGACCCCCAUUUUGCAUAAUUCCUCUCUAAUCAGCGGCCCCGCUGUGGACAAUGUUCACUGGUGUUGAGACAAUUGCCCCCCAUUGGACGCAACCCUCUUUAAAGACAGACUUCCUGGUCCCCCUGUUAUUGGAGUUAACUAUCCCUAGUUGUGUUGUACAGGUUUACAGUGUGUCAGAUGUAACGGGGUUUUCCGCUCAGCUAUUUUACUAGUUUUACUAUAUUUUACUAUAGUAACUGUAAAACAUACAGCUAAUUUACAGUUACUGUAUAAACGUUUGGUUUUCUGUUUUUCCCUGCAUAAAAAAUAAAUGAUCAGGGGUCAUUGAAGCAGCCUCACUUUCCCAAAGUGUAAAAAUGUUAUAACCUUGGAACACACUCCAAGUAGCCUGAACCUGCAAUGAAAAUAAAAUCGUUGACCAAAUUUCUCACAUGACCUCACACAACCUUAUUCUACAACAUUUAAUUGUCAGUAGUGUGCCACCCACCUUAACCUUUUGUGACCUCCAUGUCAAAAAAGAUAAAAAAAAAAAACCCCAAUAAUUAAGGAAUUAAUUUCUAAAUUUGAAAUCUUUCCAACCACCAGGUACACAUGAACACAUUCAAAUGCAGACCUGAAAUAAAAAAAAGAAUCCCACAAUAAGCUUUAUUAAUGACAUGCAAAUUAAUACGCAAACAAAAUGCCUCAUUAUAUAUAUGUAACUUUAUUAAAGUACACGAACACCUUUUCUCCAUUGCCAUUGCCCAAUCUGGUCUCACGACAGUUCAUGAAAUAGUUGCUAGUCUAUUUCUAUUUCCAGUCCAGCUUGAGGUCUGGGGACACUGUUGUCCUACUAUUCAACACUUAUGUGGGCAACAACAGUGGGACUUGGAGGAGCGUGAUUGGGAGGAACACCCUGCAAGAACAGUGUUCUUUUACUGGACUUUUGUAAGAAGAAAAUGGAUGGAUGGACGCAUGGAUGGAUGAAAUAAUAAAGUCACAAAUAUUCUUUUGUAUAAGCUUGCUUUUAAAAGGGAUUGCUUUUAGUGUCAAGAAAAUAUUGGCCAUAAUUACUCAGUGUUAACUGUCUACAACUUUAUGUCUGCGCAAAAAGAAAAAAACCCAAAGAAAAAUAAACAAACCUGAU